CUCUCAUACUCUGUAAGCCGCAAACAUAACCUGAGGUUCUCCUUUAACCAUCCUCUAUUCACCAUGUCUUUAUGUGGGAAUUCAGAACAAGCUCUGCAUCCUUAAAAAGCAUCACGAACUGCAGGCUUUUGCUACUCUCUUCUGCCCAUUGCUGCAUUUCUAACAAAAAACAUCGAUCGCCAAUGGCAACUCUGACUGCUUCAAGUUUUUGCACAAGAAGUUUACAUGUCAACCUCAGAGAAUCUAUUGGACCAGAUUCUAAAGCAACGUUAAAGAAAGAUUUGAUCACAACCCACCGUGGGCUAAGAGCUACCAACAAAGUGGAUGAGUUACAUGUCAAAGCAAAGGCAAAAGUAAAUGGCAGACAAGCAAAAAGAUAUGCAUCCGAGAGCAGAAACUGGAGGUCUUCAGGCCUCAUUGUUUGCGGGAUGAACAUAGUAUUUUUCGGAACAGAGGUUGGUCCAUGGAGCAAAACUGGCGGACUCGGAGAUGUUCUUGGAGGUCUACCUCCAGCUAUGGCAGCUAAUGGGCAUCGUGUUAUGACCGUGUCUCCACGUUAUGACCAGUAUAAAGAUGCUUGGGAUACAGAAGUCAUAACAGAGCUUAAAGUGGGAGAAAAAGUAGAAAAAGUUCGAUUUUUCCAUUGCUACAAACGAGGAGUUGAUCGUGUCUUUGUGGAUCACCCGUUGUUCCUCGAAAAGGUGUGGGGAAAAACUGCGUCCAAAAUUUAUGGACCUAUUGCUGGAGAGGAUUACAAGGACAACCAACUUCGGUUUAGCCUGUUAUGCCAGGCAGCUCUAGAAGCACCAAGGAUUCUAAAUUUUACCAACAGCAAAUACUUUUCUGGACCAUACGGUGAAGAUGUUGUUUUUGUUGCUAACGAUUGGCACACUGGACCCCUUGCAUGCUACCUGGAAACAAAUUACAAAUCCAGAGGCAUAUAUAAGAGUGCAAGAGUAGCUUUUUGCAUUCACAACAUUGCUUACCAAGGCAGAUUUGCAUUUGCAGACUUCUCACUCCUUAAUCUCCCAGACCAUUACAAAAGUUCUUUUGAUUUCAUUGAUGGCUAUGACAAACCAAUAAAGGGGAGAAAAAUUAAUUGGAUGAAAGCUGGAAUCUUAGAAUCAGACAAGGUCUUGACUGUUAGCCCAUACUACGCCAAGGAACUUGUUUCAGGGGUUGAGAAAGGAGUGGAAUUGGAUAACGUCCUUAGGAAAACUGGAAUCAUUGGAAUUGUAAAUGGCAUGGAUGUACAGGAAUGGAACCCAUUAACUGACAAGUAUACAAGCGUCAAAUAUGAUGCUUCAACUGUGUUAGAUGCUAAGCCUCUUUUGAAAGAAGCCCUCCAGGCAGAAGUAGGAUUACCAGUGGAUAGAAACAUUCCUGUUGUGGGCUUCAUAGGUAGGCUUGAAGAACAGAAAGGUUCAGAUAUUCUUAUAGCAGCCAUUCCCCAAUUCAUCAAGGAGAAUGUUCAGAUAAUAAUCCUGGGGACGGGUAAAAAGCCAAUGGAAAAGCAGCUUGAACAGUUGGAGAAACUAUAUCCUACCAAGGCCCGAGGGGUAGCAAAAUUCAAUGUUCCUCUGGCACAUAUGAUAACAGCCGGAGCUGAUUUCAUAUUGGUUCCAAGCAGAUUCGAGCCUUGUGGUCUCAUUCAAUUGCAUGCCAUGCGUUAUGGAACUGUACCAAUUGUUGCCUCAACUGGUGGAUUGGUAGACACCGUCAAAGAAGGAUUCACAGGGUUUCAUAUGGGAGCCUUCAGUGUUGAAAGUGAUGCUGUUGAUCCUGCAGACGCAAUAGCAGUGUCAACAACUGUCAAACGAGCCCUAGUCACAUAUGGAACUUCAGCUUUGACUGAGAUUAUAAAGAACUGCAUGGCUCAAGAUCUCUCAUGGAAGGGACCUGCUAAGAAGUGGGAGGAUGUGCUACUGAGUCUGGAUGUUGCCAGCAGCAAACCCGGAAUCGAUGGUGAGGAAAUUGCACCACUGGCCAAGGAAAAUGUUGCCACUCCGUGACUUCUAAUGAGUUUUGGAAGGAAAAUGUUGCAACCCAUUAGUUCUAACGAGUUUUAUUUGUUAACACCGGCGUUACACAACUAGAAGUGAUCCAUUAACCAACGCAAGUCUCAUGCACCCACUUACUGUAUAUUGUAAUUGACUUUAUUUGAUCCUCAAAAACUUUUGGGACAUACGGUCUUUAAUCAUACUGAACCAAUAUAUGCGUCUUUAAUUAUAAUA